UCUCGAGAGCAACAUGACGGGACCGACACUUCUUGUGACAGCCGUGCUGGUGACGUUGAUCGGAUGCAACAGUGCAGCUUCCAUCCACAAAGCGAUUGUGAUGAGUGCAACAUGCCAGGGAGCGUCCGGUCCAUUUCCGAAUCCAAACAGCUGUAGAAGUUUCCUGCAGUGCGAGCCUUCGGGUGUUGCAACGGUCAUCCCGUGCCCAGAAAACCUCGAGUUCAAUCCGAAGCUGAGGGUGUGCUACUUCCCAGAGAGAGCUGGCUGCUCCUCAUCCUCGUCUGCUCCUGGUGACGACGACAACGGAAAUGGUGGGGGAUCAGAUGAUGGCAAUGAAACUGGUGGAGGUUCAGACGAUGGUGGAAUUUCACCUGCGCCACCUUCCGAUGACGUCCCCACUUGCCCAGCAUGGAAUCCGGAGGAUGUCACCCAGCUUCCCAAUCCAAAGGAUUGCAGCAGCUUCUACAAAUGUGACGAGAACGGCGUUGCCUGGCUUAUUCCAUGCCCAGCCGGUCUGGAGUACAAUGGAGAGCUAAGGGUGUGUGACUAUCCGGAAAAUGCUGGUUGUUCGACGUCGUCCUCACCAAGCAACCCUUCUGAUGAUACUCCUUCCGAGGGAGAGCAGGAUGACGGAAAUUCAGAGGGAGGCAGUGACGCAAAUCCACAACCACCAACCGAGGAUGUUCCUACUUGUCCAGCAUGGAAUCCGGAGGACGUCACCCAGCUUCCUAAUCCCAGUGACUGCAGCUCCUUCUACAAGUGUGACGAGAAUGGUGUGCCUUGGCUCAUACCGUGCCCAGCUGGACUUGAGUACAACGCCAAGCUGAGAGUCUGUGAUUACCCUCAGAACGCUGGUUGUUCGUCAUCAGCUACUCCAAGUAACCCAUCUGGUGGCGAAUCCUCUGACAGCGAUCAGAACAAUGGAAAUGCUGACUCUGGUAAUGACGAAAGCCCACAGCAACCAGCCGGAGAUGUUCCCACCUGUCCACCUUGGAAUCCAGACGACGUCACUCAGCUGCCAAAUCCUAGUGACUGUAACAGCUUCUACAAGUGCGACGAGAACGGUGUUGCGUGGUUGAUACCGUGUCCAGCGGGCCUGCAAUACAACGCCGAGCUGAGGGUGUGUGAUUACGCUGGAAACGCUGGUUGUUCUGUCUAAGUUUGUCGAGGGCUACAUUAAGAAGAUAUCAACUAGAUCUGCAUUAUUGAAGUAUUAGUUACAUAAAUAUUUUAGAAUGAAUGUUAUGUCUGUGCUAUACAGCCAUCAUCCAAGUUAUUUAUUGUGUGAUCUCACACGACGCAGUCUUGGUAAAGAAUAAUAUUUAUUUAUUACGUUAUUAUUUUAUGCACGGAAAGACUGUUGGUUUUUAGAUUUCCGAAUAA